AUGUCCGACCAACGCACUGCCACCGUCUCCAGAAAUACAAGCGAAACGAGCAUCACUUGCACCAUCGACCUCGACCAUGUGCCCGGUGUCACCAAGCAGGUGAUCGAAGUCAGCACCGGUAUUGGAUUCCUCGACCACAUGUUUACAGCGCUCGCCAAGCACGGGGGCAUGUCCCUCCAGAUGAAGUGCAAUGGGGACCUCCACAUUGAUGACCACCACACUGCCGAAGAUUGUGCUUUGGCGCUUGGUGCGGCCUUCAAGAAGGCUUUGGGAGAAAGGAAGGGUAUCAAGAGAUAUGGAUUUGCGUAUGCCCCUCUAGACGAGGCAAGUAGAAUGGCGGUGAUUGACAUUUCUUCCCGGCCAUACUUUAUGUGCCACCUCCCUUUCACCCGUGAAAAGGUUGGAGACUUAUCUACGGAAAUGGUCUCUCACCUUCUCCAGUCUUUUGCCUUUGAGGCCGGUGUCACGCUUCACGUCGACCUCAUCCGCGGAGAUAACAACCAUCACAUUGCCGAGGCGGCCUUCAAGGCUCUCGCGUUGGCUAUCCGAAUGGCAAUCAGCCGGACCGGUGGUGACGAUGUUCCCAGUACCAAGGGUGUACUUGCUUUGUAA